GUGCAGUAUCGAUGUUUUGUAUUCUGUUCUUUUUUAAAUCGUCAAGAACUACUGAUUCUUUCUACGAAAAGAUUAAACGCAUUGAUUGGUUGGGUUCUUUGCUGAUUACAUGUUCAAUGAUGGCAUUUCUAUUACCUCUUAGUUGGGGUGGUAUUACAUAUCCUUGGAACUCUCCCAUUGUUAUUUCUUUAUUAGUUGUUGGUGUGGUGAUCUUGGCUUUAUUUAUAUACGUGGAAGGAUUUGUUGCGCCUGAACCUCUCGCCCCUGGUUAUUUAUUUAAAAAUCGUAGUAUAGUUGCUUGCUUUUGUGUUAAUUAUUGCCUUGGUUUGAUAUUCUUUUCGAUAAUAUAUUUUCUACCGAUAUACUUUGAAAUUGUCAACGAAGAUUCAGCUACUAUGUCUGGUUUAAAACUUCUUCCUUAUAUUGCGGGUGCUGUCAUCACAGUUUUAUUAUCUGGAUUCAUAGUUUCACAUACAAAAAUAAUUUCGUAUAAAGUAAUUUGUAUAUUUGGUGGUAUAUUGACUACUAUUGGUACUGGAUUAAUAACUUUAUUUGAUGUGCAUACAACUCUUGGUCAAGUAAUUGGUUAUUUAUUAAUUAGCGGGUUGGGAGCUGGUGCUGUCAUACAAACAGUAUUUUUGGCUGGUCAAGCUUCCGUAAAACAUGAAGAUGUUGCGGCUGUUACUUCUUUGAUAACGUUUUUCAGAACUAUCGGUGCUGUAUUCGGUUUAGGAAUUGUAGCUGCAGUAUUUGCAUCCGGUUUUUCGGAUCAAAUAAAAAUAGCUGUUGCCGUUCCUCAGGCACUUAAGAAUUAUCAUAUUCUUCCGGAGUUUGCUAAAUUAAAAACGAAACAACAGCUUGUAUCGUCGUUAAGUGUCUCAUUUAGGACAGGAAUUGCGUUUGGAUUGUUGCUAGUGAUAUCAGCUAUGUUUAUCAAAGAUGAAAAAAAUACAAAAGCAAAAGAAGUCAUGGAUAAGUUGUCGUCAUUUUUAUUAACUGUUUUUGUCAGAAAUAAGAAAAAAGCAAAAACAGAAGAGCAU